ACGCCGGGCUAAUUAAUGCAAUAUGAGAUUGAGAGGAUGUAAACACGAGAUAAUUAAAAGUCCAAUCAACAUCAAAGAUAUUAAAUUGUUUAAACCAAUUUGAAGAGUUUGUGCUUUUGUAUCAAAAGUGUGUAUCAGCUUACCAGUACCACUUAUUCUUGAUAUUCCCUGGUCAAUUAUGACAGUGCAAGUUGGAAAUUUCUUAAAAUUAAAAGAAGAAUCAGAGAAACUAAUGUGUAGGCUUGUAUUGUUAAGGAAGGACCUACAUUGAACCAUAACAAAAAUGAAAGAGAGAGAGGUUUUUGUGAUUAUUAUUGUUAUAAGCUAGAGACCAAGAAUGGAAUGACCUGCAUGAAGCUUGUCCAAACCCAGAAAAGCAGCUGUGUCUCCUCAAAAACAAGGGAAGGUGGCUGCAAACCUGCAAGGUCCAAAUAAGUACUCAACUCCUUCCUGUAUCAUUUUUCCGUGAAACUAUAUUUUUCUGUCAUAGAACAGAGAUGAAGGGUCUCUUUGUUAUCUUCUUUACCUCUCUAUUCUACGUUUUGGUCUUGAAGCUGUCCACCGCAGCUGACACCCUAGCUGCAUCGCAAUUCAUAGUUGGCUCUGAUACCUUGGUUUCUUCCAGCCAAAGCUUUGAACUGGGACUUUUUCCCACAGGCAACUCUAGAGCAUGGUAUCUAGGAAUAUGGUACAAGAAUUUUCCAGAUAUUGUUGUAUGGGUUGCAAACAGAGAAAAUCCACUUGCAGAUUCUUAUGGAGCCAUGAUGUUGUCCAAAAAUGGAAGUUUAGUCCUUUUAGACCAAAUGAAUAGAACUAUUUGGUCUUCUAGUCCUUCCAGAGAAGCUGAAGAUCCUGUUGCACAGCUUUUGGAAACUGGAAACCUUGUUGUUAUAGACAAGGCUGUGACAAGUUCUGAAAGCUAUAUAUGGCAAAGUUUUGAUUUCCCAUCGGACACACUGCUACCAGAAAUGAGGCUGCUAUUGAACUUCAAAACAGGCCCAAACCAAUUCUUGACUUCUUGGAAAAAUGCUAGUGACCCAUCUCUUGGUUUAUAUACCUACAAGAUCGAUCACCCUGUGUUGCCUCAGCUUGUUCUUGCUCAAGGAUCAAAGAAAGAAUUCCGCAGUGGACCUUGGAAUGGUCUUCGAUUUACUGGUCUUCCCGUUUCAAGCAACGAAAUAUUGAAACCAAGUUAUGUUUAUAACACAAAUGAGUUGUAUUAUAUCUAUGAGGCUAAUGACAAUUCUAUUAUUACCCGAUUAAAGCUGACUGAAACAGGUGAGAUGCAACGGCUAGUGCUGAAUAAAGGAAGUACUGAAUGGGGUGUUAUGUAUACUUUGCAGAAUGAUCGAUGCGACAAUUACGGGGAGUGUGGUGCAAAUAGCAUAUGCAAAAUUAACAGAACACCCAUUUGUGAGUGCUUACAGGGGUUUGUUCCAAAAUCACAGCAAGAAUGGGAGGUUCUUAAUAGGACAAGUGGUUGCAAGAGAGAGACCCUAUUGGAUUGCCAGAAGGGGGAAGGGUUUUUGAAAUUUCAAAAUAUGAAACUUCCAGACCUGUUGGAUUUUUCGGUGAACAACAGCAUGAGCUUCAAGGAAUGUGAGGCAGAGUGUUUGAAGAAUUGUUCUUGUGUAGCUUAUGCUAAAUCAAAUAUGAGUAGUGGAGGCAUUGGCUGUCUGAUGUGGUUCGGGGAGCUUAUAGAUAUGCGUGAGUUUGUUGAUGAAGUUAGUGAUCAAGAUUUAUAUAUUCGGAUGCCAGCUUCAGAACUAGGCAAUAGUACCAGUCAGAAGGAUAAAAGAGUAGUAUUAAUCUCAGUGAUAUCAGCAGCUUCUGUACUUCUUUUUCUGGGUCUCUUAUGCCGUUGUAUCGUUCUGAAUAAGAGAGCAAAGAGAAAGGGUUCAAGAUCAAGCAAGGAAGACAUACAGUUGCCACUAUUUGAUUUUCAUACAAUUGAAAUCGGCACCAAUUACUUUUCCUGGCAAAACAAACUUGGAGAGGGAGGUUUUGGUCCAGUUUACAAGGCUAACCUAAGACAAGAAGAAUUAGUAGCAGUAAAGAGACUUUCAAGAGGCUCUGGACAAGGUCUUGAAGAGUUUAGGAAUGAAGUUACAAUGAUAGCCAAUCUCCAACACAGGAAUCUUGUUAAACUUUUAGGCUGCUGCAUUGAAGGAGAAGAAAGGAUGCUAAUCUAUGAGUACAUGCCCAACAAAAGCUUGGACUUCUUUAUCUUUGAUCAAAACAGAAAGAAGCUGCUUAACUGGCAAAAGCGGUUCGACAUUAUCAUGGGAAUUGCACGAGGACUUCUCUACCUCCAUCAAGACUCAAGAUUAAGAAUCAUUCAUAGGGACCUUAAGAGUAGCAACAUCUUGCUAGACCGUGACCUGAUCCCAAAAAUAUCCGACUUUGGCAUAGCAAGAAUUUUCGAACACGAUCAAACUGAAGGAAAAACAAAACGAGUAAUUGGCACAUAUGGAUAUAUGUCUCCUGAGUACACAAUUGAUGGGAAAUUUUCAGUGAAAUCGGAUGUGUUCAGUUUUGGAGUGCUAUUAUUAGAGAUAGUUAGCAGCGGAAAGAACACAGGGUUCAAUCAUCCAGAUCACAACCACAAUCUUCUGGGACAUGCAUGGCUACUGUGGAACAACAACAAGGGUUUGGAACUUAUAGAUCCAUGCUUGGAGUACUCAUACGUGGACUACGAGGUCCUAAGAUGCAUUCAAGUGGGUCUAUUAUGUGUUCAAAAGCUACCCAAUGACAGACCAGCAAUGUCAUCAGCGGUGUUCAUGUUGUGCAAUGAAGGAGCAACAUUACCCGAACCAAAGGAGCCUGGUUUCUUCACAGAAAGAAGCUCCAUAGACAACAAAACCUUAACAGGAGGAGCAAGAAGCCACACAGGACUCACAAUUACUAUUUCGACAUUGGAAGCUAGAUAGAUGAUUCAAGCAAGGAGCUGUAGAGUAAAUGUAAAUAUCAGUUUUGUCUCUGAACUCAUACUUCAGAUUCAUGCAUUUUCAUGCAAACAGAGACUUAAAAACCCUACUUGAAUUAAAUUGAGGACCACCCAUUCUCAUACUCAUCAGAAUAUACGCAUUGCACUCUGGUUUAUCAAUCUUGUUCGUUGGUUACCAGUGAUCAGCAAGAAAUCUUUAACAUGGGAGAUUAAAGCAAGUUUAUUUCUUUGAGAAUUCAAGCCAAUUCUUUACCUUUCUACUAACACUGACAGACACAAGGAUCACAAAGACUACAAAUCGCCUUUGCAUUUCAAUAUGGAAGGUUGAAGCUGUCAGAGAGUAGGACACAGCCACAGUACCAUUUUCAUCAGCGUUGCCAAGAAUUCACAUGCGGCUUUUCCCAUUGUUCCACAACUGGGGCAUUUCUACAAACAUACGGUGAGCAGCCCAUAAGUUCAUACCAAAAUACUGCAGAACAAUGCAUAUAGACUUGGCCACACACAAAUAGAAUCCCCUUUACCAAAGAUAACUAAGACCAGGAGAGUUACCAGAAAACUACCCCAUGGAAAAUGGCGGGAUCCAAGCUCUCUACGCAAAACACCAGCUAUUCUCCGAUAUGCAGAGUAAAAGAACGAGCAUGUAAUUUUCAAGGGAUUUUCAUUUUUAUUUUAUUUUUGGUAGAUGCCUUUGUAAAAGUAAUGACACGUAUACGAGUAUAGCCGUUGUGAU